GCAAUAUCUCAGUGGGUCAACAGCACCUUAGAAUCAAGUUUCUGAGUUUACUGACAGAAAAGGUACAGUUGCCAGAAAUGAGGUUAGACAAGGACAUACUAAAGCAAUCUGUUUAGGUUAUCAAAUCUUGAAAGGGAGUAGUCAAAAGUAAAUGAUUAAAAAAAAAGAAUCGAAAAGGUUCAGAAAGGAGGAAAUAGGGAAGGUGUGGAGUCAGGAAACAAGCGGGCAGGUGUAGGUUACUACAGCUUGAAUGAGAAUGGCCAAAGGAGAGUGAUUAAGAAAAGAAAGCAAGAAACUGCGGAAAUGGAAAAAAUCGCCAGAAACGGAGUACAGGCAUGACCUUGACAGGUCUGAAGGAGAGAGAAAGGUAAAGGACAAAAGGGUAGGUAGAAGGAGUGGGGUGCAAAUCAGGAAAAGAUCGAGAUUUUGGCUGCCAGAGGUAGGGAAAUGGCAAAGUUUGAAAGGGCAACUAGUCCAGAAGUCGGAGAAGUCAGAGAAAGGGGGCAAGGUCUAACCUAAGCUGGAUGUGUCUGGGGCAGCCCUGAUAGGAGUGAGCUGACCUAGGGAGGCAGGUCUAAUAGGGGACAAAUCCGGCAUACAACAAUAAAAGCCUGCCGAGGGAGACAGAUCUAACUGAAGGUAGCUGCCAAGGAGCCGAAAGACCAGAGGAAAUCCUGACUGUGGCUAGCGGUGGUGCCCGAGGGUGCCUGAGAGUACGGUUGCAGGUCCCUCUUCCCGCCCACACCGGCGUCUCCACCCCAGGCUCUGUCACGCAGCUCCGGGCUGAGCGGAGGGAAGCGCACCAACAGCCAGUGGGAUCGGGCUGGGGGCCGAGCGAGGCCGGCGAUGUGGGGUUGGUGGCGGAUAGUGCCGCGGAUAGCCCAGCGCUACCCGUGGCCCACCAACGUCCUGCUCUACGGGACUCUGUACUCCUCCGGGGACGCGCUGCAGCAGCUACUGCGGAGAUGCGAGCCCGACUGGCAGCAGACGCGGCACGUGGCCACCGUGGCCAUCGUCUUCCACGCGAAUUUCAACUACGUAUGGCUGCAGUUCCUGGAGCGCGCGCUGCCGGGCCGCACGCCGCGCGCGGUGCUGAGCAAGGUGCUGUGUGACCAACUGUUGGGCGGGCCCAUCGCGCUGAGCGCCUUCUACACCGGCAUGAGUAUACUUCAGGGAAAAGAAGAUACGUUUUUGGACCUGAGACAGAAAUUCUGGAAUACUUAUAAGACUGGUCUCAUGUACUGGCCUUUUGUGCAGCUUACCAACUUCUGUUUUGUUCCCAUUUACUUGAGAACAGCAUAUACGGGACUUUGUGGCUUUCUCUGGGCUGUCUUCCUUUGCUACUCCCAACAAAGUGGUGAUGGAACAUUGUGGUCAAUUUUUGCAUGGCUUAAGAAAAAGGAGGCCAGUGAAAAUGAAAGGUCUCCAGAGAAAUGAUUGCUUUUAAAUAAAUUGUUCUAAUGAACUGGGCAAAAUUUAUUUCCUAAGUUGCAGCGAGUUGAACCAAGGAAACAGUAUGUUAUUUAAUAAUUCUUAUUUCUUAAUAUAGCACGUUUCAUUGUAAAAUAUUAUUGUAUCAUAGAGGAAAAUAAUUGACUAUUAAUAGCUUUGUAUAUUUUAUUAUGAAGAUUUUUGUUUGAAAGAACAGAAGGGAUAGGGUUAUUGUCAAUUUCAUUAAUAUUUUAAUUAAUAUCAAAAAGUUUCAUUGCUUAAUAUAUCACUUUUUACCAUUCUUAUGAUUUGAUUAAAAAGUAUUAUGAAAAUUUAUCUAAAGACUAGAUUUCAGAAACUAUUAUUCAGAAACAGUGGGGAUCUAAUUAAAAGUUCUUAUAUUUAUAUUAUAUAUAUAUAAAAUUUAUAUUUAUAUAUUUUUCCCUCCCUCCCCCCAAUUCAAGCUGCUGAAUUCUUAUUUUACUCCUUUAAGAUCAUAGUCCUCUAUGCCAAGAAUGGCCUUACGUAAAGUCCUGUGUACACAGAACCCUAAUAACCAUAAAGAUCAAAUAAUUUAGUUUUUCCCCAGAAUACUAUAUAUAAUUUAUAAUUAUGUUGAACUAAAGCAAUACAAGAUCUCAAUCAUCAAAGAAACAUUAUAAUGUAGCUUUAAUGUCAAAUGUAUUUUAUUAUGUUUCACUUCUUUGAAAUCUGAUCACUCUUGUUUUCAAAUUUUAACUUCCACUUAAAAUUUGAAUAUUCAGUUAUAACCAGAAUUUCCAUUUUCCAUUUCAAGUAGAUGGAGGUUUUGAUUUCCACAUAUAUUUUACUAAGAUAAAGCAAAUGAAAAUUUCAAGAAUGUGUUGAAUAAAUUUUCCUUUUUUUUUCGUCAAGAAGAACUUAUUUAGGGGUUUCAGUAAAAACAUUUCAAAUAUAGAUAUUAAAUUUAUGUUUAAGAACAUCAACAAUUUCAAAUAAAUAUGAAUAAUUUUGAUGCAUGUAUUUUAAAAUUACUCAAGGUUCAUCUACAUUUAAAGCUUAUAGUUUACAAAUUGUGUUUAUAUAAUCAACCACCCAAAGAUUAAUCAAAAUUCACAUAAGAAUGAAACCAUAAACAAUGAAGUAUGGACACUGAAUCUGAGGAAAAUCUAUUUUCCUUGUCUUUAGAAGUAUAAUUUGUGUCAUCUAACCUACCUAAGUACUGUCUUUUUUUUUUAAUUGUCAAAAAAUUUAGUAGGUGUUAAUAUAAUUUGUAUUCUUAGGACAACAACAAGGUAAUUCACAGAUUAUCUAAUUCUGAAAUUCCUUUCCAAAUCGUGGCUUGUUCGUCAUAAUAGUUAUUUCAAGUGUAAAGCUAUUUUUUAGUAUGAAAUGAAAAAAAAGAGUAUUUUCAAAGUGAUGACUAAUUGAGAAAAAAUAUAAAUGUUUUUAAGUUUAGAUUUUUAAUUUUUUUAUGGUAGAGGAACAGUAUUUGCAUUGCCUUGAUUAAAUGUUUGGGAACAGUUCUAGAAUAAAACCUUUUUCUAUACUGGCAAAUUGAGCAUAAUAUUCACAGAAAUUUUAAAAGAAUAUAGAUAGACCUUUCUUUACUAAAAGAGUGGAUUAGUCAUUAAAGCUUUAUAUUCUCCCGAAUUUUUGCAAACAAUAUACUUGUUUCUAGUGUUAUAACAUGUUUAUAUUACAAGAAAAAGCUGAAGUUAAUUUAUUUAAGAUAGUAUGACUAUCAAUUUAAUUUCAUUUAUCGAGGAACCUAGAAAUGGGUAGACACUAAUUUUUUCAUUUAGUCUGGUGAAGCCAAGGGAAUAAUUUCUUCUGUGGUGGGCAGUUGUGAUUAAUCCAUUAAGGCUAAAACUUCUGAAGGAAUAAAAAUGAAGAAAAGUUGAAGAUUUGUAAAUAGUAGAGUAGGGCAUAAGUAUUUUUAUCAGACUAGCAUUUCAAAAUUUACAUAGAUCAGGGAUUCUUAACCAGGGGUUCAUGAGCUUUUUUUGGGGGGGGAUUGUAUUUUAACUGAUUUAUUUGGUAAUCCUACAUAUUAUAUUUUAUGCAUUUAAUAAUAUAAUUCUGAGAAGGGUUCUAUAGGUUUCACCCGACUGCUAAAGGGGUGGGGUCCAUGAUAUGAAAAAAUUAAGAAACCCUUAGUUUGACAUUUUCUUUUUAUCCCUCUUUCUUCUUCUAUUUGUCUUUUUUCCUCUUUUCUACUUUCUUCUUUCUGCCCCCCCCCAGUUAAUUAGAUAUAAUAUGGAUUUGAAAUAUAUUUGGAAUUAUUUUAUUUACCAAAUAAAGCUUUAUUUUCUCUGUUCUUAAUUUCAAAAUUCAAAAUUUAAUCU